AUGGCCCCUGUGCUGCUGGGCUCCCUGCUCUCCAACGUCUACCCACCUGCCCAGCAGAGCCAGCAGCAGUGCCAGCCCCCUCCCAAGUGCCUCCCCAAGUGCCCUCCCAAGUGCCAAGCCCCCAAAUGCCCCCUAAAGUAUCCCCCUAAGUGUCCCCGAGUGUCUUCCUGCUGCGGCCCCAGCUCCGGGAGCUGCUGUGGCUCCAGCUCCGGGGGCGGGGGCUGCUGCAGCUCUGGGGGCGGGGGCUGUUGCCUGUACUACUACAGGCUCCUCAGGUUGCAGCAGAGCUCGGGCUGCUGCAGCCAGCGCUGGGGGGCUCCAGCUGCUGCGGAGGGGGCGGCAGCCAGCAAUCUGGGGGCUGCUGCUGAGGGGGAGCCCAACUUCCUCUUUCUCCUCACUGCCUGA